AUGCCGCCCGUGCUGCAGCUGCAGCAGCAAGGGCUGCUGCACCUCCACAGAGUCCCGUGUAUGCCGCAGCAGCAGCAGCAGCAGCACCAAGCAGAAGGGAGCCCUCCUGGCACGCCAGUGGGGCAGCAGGAGCAGCAGAGGCAGCAGCAGCAGCAGCAGCAGCACCGGGAACAGCACAGAAGUCCAACACCGAAAGGCCACAAGUCACACAAGCAGCACCCGACUGCUGCUGCGCUGCAGCAGCAGCAAAAGCCCAGACGGGAGCAGCAACCUGGACAGGAACAGCAGCAGCAGCAGCAGCAGCAGCAGCACUGCGAACCUGCAACGUGUGGAGACUCGCCGUGUUACUUUGUUGGUAAAGCAGCUGCUGCUGCAGCACCUGCUGCAGCUGACGUUGCGGCGGCUGCAGCAGCAACUGCAGCAGCAACCGUCCAGACCCUCGCUGCUGCUGCUGCGCGCCGCAGCCAGCAGCAGCAGCAGCAGCAGCAGCAAAAUGGGAGCCAUAAGGCGCCACCGUUGCUGGCUUCAGCAUCAACAGCAAAUGAGUCUCCUUUGUCUGCAGCAGCAGCUGCAGCAGCAGGCGUAGCAGCAGACUUGACAGUAACGGCAGCAGCAGCACCGCAAAGCCGCGUUGCUGCUGCUUUUUGUCAGCUGCCAGGUGUUGCUGCUGUUGUUGCUGCUGCUGCAACUCCACGAGCAGGCGACAGCGCUGCUGCUCUCCCCACGCUGCAGCAGCAGCAGCAGCAGCGGCAGCAGCAGCAGCAUUUGCUUCUGCCUGAGGAGCGCUUGCUGCCGGACUCGGACUCUCAGGAGCGCUGCCGCAGCAGCAGCAGCGGCAGCAGCAGCCGCAUGAGCAGCAGAAGCAGCAGCAGCAGCUACCUGCCCGAGCUGUGGCAGGACAGCCGCGUCAACCGCCGCAGCAGCAUCAGCAGCAGCAGCAGCAGCAGCCUUGUGGGGGCUUUGGCGAAGCUGCUGGGGGAAGAAGCUGGGGACCGCCACAGCAGCAGCAAAUGUCUUUCUGGGGAGAGCGACGACGAGUUGCUGCUGCUGCAGCCGCCGCAGCAGCAGCAGCAGGGUGCGCCCGGUGUUUCUGCGCAGCAGCAGCAGCAGCAGGAGCAGCAGCAGCAGCUGCGGCAGCGGGAGAGUCGUCCCGUCGGCAGGCGCUUCUUCUACGGCUUGCUGCUGCUGCUGCUGCUGCUGCUGACAGGAGCUUUGCUGCUGGGCACUUUGUAUCACCAAAGUAAAUUAGUGCGGCUGCGGCCUCGAGAUUUGCUGCGGCUGCAGCUGGCGACAUUUCGGCAGCUGCAGCAGCAGCUGCUGCAGCAGCAGCAGCAGCAGCAGCAGCCGCAGCACCCCCUGCCGCUCUGCUGGCACCACCCGCAGCAGCUCUUCGAGCUGCAGCAGCAGCUGCUGCUUCUCCAGCCCUCCAAGGAAGCAGCAGCAGCUUUUGCCGAAGCAGCAGCAGCAGCAACAGCAGGGGUGGACGCGACGCAGUCUGCUGCACUCUCUUCGGAGGCUGCCAUGGUCAUGAUGCACACGCUGCAGCAGCAGCAGCAGCAGCAGCUGGGCGAAGCUGACGUGUGCUGCAGCAACGAUGGCAGCACUGCGCCAGCAGCAGCAGCAGGAGCAUCUGCUGCUGCUGCUGCUGCUUCCCCAAGAGAAUUCGUAGCGAAGCUGUUCCAGUCCUCUCAAGCGGCUCUGCUGUCAGACAGCAGCAGCAGCACCGGCAGCAGCACGACGUGCAGCCGUAGCAGCAGCAUUUUGACUCCCUUUGUUGCUGGGCCUCAAACCAGCAGCAGCAGCAGCAGCAAUAGCAGCAGCAGCAUUUGUUCUCUGCCACCCUUUCCGAGAGGUGCUUGGUUCUUUGCCCGCGCUGCUGCAGCAAAGCGACUAAAGUCGUUUAUACCUGCUGCUGCUGCUGCUUCUGGGAGUGCUGCUGCAGCUGCUGCUGCUCCCGCAGCCACAGUACUGGUGUGUGCAGAAGAAGACUUCGGCUCGCUUGCUGCUGCUGCUGCAGCGCAUGCAGCAGCAGCAGCUGCUGCUGCAGGCAGCUGGCUGAAGGCGGGCGCUAGCAGACUGAAGGCAGCAGCACUUUCUGCAGCAAAUGCCACCAUCAGGACAGCAGCGCGAGUUCGGAAGCAGCAGCAAGCUGCUGCUGCUGCUGUUCAAGCAACAGCAGCGAAGCUGCUCGGUCUGCCGCCGUCGGCAGCAGCAACAGCAGCAGCAGCAGCAACAGCAGCAGAGUCUCCAGCUACGUGCGCCGCUCCGCCGGGAGACUGCAUGCAGUGCAGCUGCCUGAAGCCGUCAGAGCAGCAGCUGCAGCAGCAGCAGCAGCAGCAGCAGGAGCAGCAGGGGCAGCAGGGGGAGCAGUUCAGCUGGACAGACGUCGACGUCAGUGACCACGUGCUGCUUUAUGUCUUGGCUUUGCUAAUUGCUGCUGUCGAGGUCUCAGCAGCUUUUGCUUCCCACCCUCCCGCUGCUGCUGCUGCUGGCGCCGACAGCAGCAGCAGCAGCAGCAGCCGCUGGCGCCAGUUCCCCUCCCUCUCCCGCCUGGCCCCCUACAUCUGUGCUGCUUACUAUGCCUUCAUUUGCUGCUGCUGCUUCCUCAUGGCUGCCAUGACUGCUUGCUUCUUUCACACCCCUGCGGAGGUCUGGAUUGCUUUUGCUGCUGCGCUGCUGCUGCUGCUGCUCCCCGUGCUGCUGCUGCUCGAGGUCGCAGAGAUGCCCAGCCUGCACAGAAUUGGGGUUUUGCGCAACUGCAGCUGCCCUGACCAGCCCCACCACCAGCACCAGCAGCAGCAGCAGCAGCAGCAGCAGUACCAGCAGCAGCAGCAGAUGAGCCCCCGCGCGCCCCCGUAG